CAGGUGUAACCUGAGCUAAUGUCACUUCAGAAAAAACAAAAACAGCAACCAACGCUGUUAACAAUAUGAGGAACAUCAACUCAUGGGAUUGUACAAAUUGUCUUUAAAGUGCAACGUGAAGGCAUGGGCUGGUAGAUCAGUUAGGAGAGAUGUAUAAUGUUAAUGUUAUUCUGCUCCGAGAAAGUUAAGGUGUGUUAGCUAGCUAGCUAACAUUAGCCUUACCGUGUAGCAAGACACGUUAGCCGCUUGCCGCCUCAGUAGCUGGCUCAACACCCAAGUUGGAGCUUGUGGCCCGGGUCGCGAUGAAUGCCUUCGCCUCAUCGACCGAGGACAGGGAUCUCCUGCCGGUCCCCACCAUGAUGGAAAGUUGGCCGGGUAGCGAAGGGCAGGUCUGAGACCUAGCUUGAAGAGCUUCGACAUGACAUCGCUGAAAUCCUUUCGCUGGUCGACAACUUUGUGUGGAUAAUCCUCAAAGACCAAGAUCGAGUGACCACGGAACUUCAGCUUUUCUCUCUAUGACCGGGCAUCCCGGAUAACCGCGUCCUUUUCCUGGAACCUGAGGAGCUUGAUGAUAACCGGUUUCGGUCGCCAGCCUGCUGGAGGUUUGGGGGCAAGGGACCUGUGGGCGCGUUCGCAUUCGGGUGGGGAGUCCAAGAUGUCGCUGAAGACUUCCACCAGCAUGUUGGAGAAGAAGGCAGUAGGUUGUGGACCCUCAAUGGAUUCAGCUGCCGUCGACUCCCCUGAGACACUGCGCGUCAAGACACCCGUGGAGACACCCUUCCGACUAUCAGGUACUAUUUAACUCAGUAAAACACUAGCAACACAAUAGAAAGAAAAGGGAUUUCCCAGAAUUAUCCUAGUAAAUGUGUCUAAAAACAUUGGAAUCUGUCCCAAUAGCGUUUUUUUUUUUUUACUUUUUUUUUUCUAGUCCGUCGCUAUCAAUAUCCUCAAACACAAAUCUUUCAUCCUCGCUCAAAUCAAUGGGGAAAUUUUCGUUUUCUCAGUCCGAAUAGCACUUUUUUGUUGGAGGCGCCCAUUAAAAACAAUGUGGGGAUGUAAAGAGCCAUCAAACAUGUGACAUCAUCGUCUGCGACUUCCGGUAGAGGCAGGGGUUUUCUCUUAGCACCUAAAGUUGCGAAAUUUAUCGUGGAUGUUCUCUACUAAAUCCGUUCAGUAAAAAUAUGGAUAUAUCGCGAAAUGAUCAAGUAUGACACAUAGAAUGGACCUGCUAUCCCCGUUUAAAUAAGAAAAUCUCAUUUCAGUAGGUCUUUAAAAAGAAAAAAAACUGCUAACCUCCAGUGUAUGUUUCUGAUAAUUGCACUGUAUCUCCUUAGCAUGUUUGUUUUAUGACCUAGCAACACUAAAACGCUGACCUUAUCUACGACUGCUUCCUGUAAGUGUCGUCAGUGAAGAACCUUCCUUUCACCAGAAGGCUCCGCCCCCUGCUGUGCUAACCUGGGUCAGCACUGGGCUAUAAAUGCCCCAUGCUUUGUUCCCAGAGUGACAAGGUCUUGCGCUGGCAGUUAAAAGGUCACAUUUAUGAAAGUUUGCUGCAAAAGUGCCUCAUCAAUAGUCAUUGUGAAGCAUUAGUAAGAGAAUAUAUCUGGCGUUGAGGGACCAGCCAUGCUUCGACACUUCCAUCGGGGUUUGUUGGCCACGGCGACUCUACUCUUCCUAACUCAGACUGGCACUCGGUGCAGGGCAGAAGAUGACAUGUCACCUGUUGCAUUACCAGAGUGGAGAAGAGAUACAGCCGAGCCCAAAGGGAGAGACGUACCUCCAACGACAAUUUCCUCCUCUCCAACAGCAAAUCAAACUUUGUGUCCCAUAAACUGCAACUUUGAGAAGAAUCUGUGUGGGUGGCAGCAGAUCAUACAGGACUCUUUUGAUUGGACAAGAUAUUCAGGCGCCACUCCAACAAACGGAAGCGGGCCAAACCAUGACCACACCACUGGGGCGGGCUUCUAUAUGUACAUUGAGGGUGACAGUGUGACCCAUGGAGACCCAGCCCGUCUGUUGAGCUCUGAGUGCCAUUACAACGGUCCGGUCUGCCUCAACUUCUGGUACCAUAUGCACGGUUCUGCCACAGCCAUGGCCCUCAAUGUUUAUGUGCUCCGAGGAAAUUAUGCUGCAAAGGUUUGGUCUAUGAGGAACAACCAGGGACUGGAAUGGCAGCCAGGAAACAUUGAUAUCAAUGUCUCCAGCCCUUUUCAGAUCAUUGUGGAGGGAAUUCGAGGCUCUGAUGCUCUGUCAGAUGUGGCCAUUGAUGACAUUUCUAUCCACGUUGGCGCUUGCUCAAGUAGCCCGGGAAGAGGAAAUGAACCUCCCUCGACCGCAGAAGUACUUCCCUCAGCUUCAGCUUGCAGUUUGAACUGUAGCUUCGACAGCAAUCUUUGCAGGUGGAACCAGAUGAGGACGGAUGCCUUUGACUGGGCAUGGCAAAGCGGCUCCACCCCUACCUUGAUGACCGGGCCCUCCGCUGACCACACUGGUGAUGGUCACUACAUCUACAUUGAGGCCAGUCGUGUAUCACAUGGAGACACGGCUCGUCUGAUCAGUUCUGAAUGUUUUGCCACCGGUCCUCAGUGUCUGCAGUUCUGGUACCAUAUGUAUGGCUCUGCCGACACAAUGGGCCUCCAUGUGUAUUUGCUGCAGGGGAAAAAAGCUGAUGCUAUCUGGAGGAAGAGGAAUGAUCAAGGAAAUAUGUGGCACUUGGCUCAGGUGGACAUGACCGUCACAAGAUCUUUCCAGAUCAUCUUUGAGGGGCGUAGGGGCUCCAAUGACGAAUCGGAUGUCGCCAUAGACGAUGUAACGCUAUACCCUGGCCAGUGUUCAGAGCUGAGUGAAGUGACCACACACCUACCCGAACCGGAUUUGAAUGCCACGGUUCCUGCAGUUACAGAGCGUCCUGCAGUAAAUGUGACUGAUCAAACCAAUGUGACGGCGAGACCACCCGAAGCAAAUGUGACAUUGCCUCUGCUCAUCAAAACAACUGAUUUGAUUAAUGAAGCUGCACAAGACACACCAUCCAACUCAGUGUGUCAGCUGAACUGUAAUUUUGAAGAAAAUCUCUGCCAAUGGAGUCAACUACUUGUUGAUGUGUUUGACUGGACAAGGCACAGAGGCCCAACUCCUACAGUUAUGACGGGGCCCUCUUCAGAUCACACCACAGGAUAUGGUCACUAUCUUUACGUUGAGGCAAACAGCGCAUCAUACGGAGACACAGCUCGUCUGAUCAGUUCUGAAUGUUCGGCCACCGGUCCUCAUUGUCUGCAGUUUUGGUACCAUAUGUACGGCUCGGCCGAUACUAUGGGCCUCCAUGUGUAUUUGCUGCAAGACAACGUAGCUGAUGCCAUUCUGUGGAUGAGGAAUGAUCAAGGAAAUGUGUGGCAUCUGGCCCAGGUUGACUUCACCACAGCCGGACCUUUUCAGAUCAUUUUCGAGGGACGACGAGGUUCUAAUGAUCAGUCAGAUGUGGCCUUAGAUGAUGUAUCACUUUAUCGCGGAAGCUGUGCAGACCUGGCUAAGCCAACCCUCCCUCCUUCCGCAACUGAUUCGAUUACAGAAAUCAUCUCAAACGUUACACAGCCACAAAAUACAAACUCUACAACAACAACAAACCCAACUGGCGCCAAUACACAGACUACCAUUAGACCAAAGACCUCAAACCCAAAUGCCUCACCAACAACAACAACGCCUGCAGCUACUGUCACAAUCAGACCUCAGGGCACGGUCACAGCUACCCCAUCAUCGACCGACCACCAAGUCGAUGAAGAAACAGAAGAACCAGGACCUCAACCAACAGCCGAAGAAAUAACACCAAUUACAUACCCUAAAACCACAGCAACACCAGUACCUCCAACAACGGAAAGCAACCUACAAACAUCAGUAAAACCAGAAACUCCACCAGGAACAGUUACACAAUCUCCAACAACUAGUAAUGCACCUCAACCUCCAACUGCAGCAACCAAUGCACCACAAUCCGCAAGUACCGUUAAUCCACAACAUCCAAAUGAAACUCAAGCAGCAACGACUGUUAGACCACAACCUCCAACAACAACGCCCUCCUGUCUACAGAAUAGUCAUUACACGGCAUGUAUCUCUGCCUGCGGUCCAACCUGCAGAUAUGUCACUGGCCCACCACACUGUAAUGACACAGAGGAUUGUGAGCCAGGAUGUGUGUGUGACGACGGCUACGUGCUGAGACAGGGCGCGUGUGUACCGGUCCAACAAUGCGGAUGUGUGGAUAGAGAUGGCAAUAGAUACAGCUUUGGUCAACUGUGGUACUCCAGCCACUGCAGCCACAAAUGUCAAUGUCAGAGGCAAGAUGGCCUCGGGGAGAUUUACUGCGAUGAAGAAGACGAGUGUGAUGGUAAUGCCAUUUGCCUCCAAAAUGAACAGGGACGUUACUUCUGCCAGAAAACAGGCUUUGAUAGUUGUUUGAUUAAUGGAGACCCGGAGUACAGAACUUUUGAUAAAAUGAGGCAUGACUUCGAGGGCGAGCACUCAUACGUGCUUGUCCAAACCAAAAAGUUGCCUAGUAAUCUGCCGGACAUCUACAUAGAGGGAAACUAUACACCUACUGAACAUGAGGACAGCAGUAGUGAAGAAGAUGAUGAAGAUGACGAGAAUGAUGGAGACGAUGACAGCAAUGAGCAUGAUGAACGCCACAGAUUACAGGGGCUCACAAUGAAAAUCUACAACCAUACUGUGCAGUUCAAGAAGGGCCAGAAGUUAUUAGUGGAUGGACAAAAAACUAAGACUCCUGUUUCGCCAACACUUGGUCUGAAGAUUCAGAAGCAUCCCUCACACAUUUCUGUCCAAACUGACUUUGGUCUCACUGUAACGUUUGAUGGCCAAAAUGAUGCAGAAAUAACACUACCACGUGUAUACAAACGAAAGGUGGUCGGUCUCUGCGGAAACUUUGACGGCCGUAAGUUGAAUGACCGGACGAAGCCAGAUGGAACUAUGGCCAAGACUGUUGAAGAGUUUGGAGAGAGCUGGAGGGUGUAACUAUAACCUGGAUGAAACAAACAGCCACUAGCCACAAAUAAGACACAACUUGACAAUCAUAUCUAUAUUCAUAAGAAAAAUGUCUUCUUUAUCGCAAACACUAUAUCCAAACCUGAAUACAGUAGUCAGUUGCUCUGUCCACAGCUAACAUCCUUCUGUUUUACUAGGAGCUGUUUGUACUUUGUUGGAAUCCAUUAAACUAAUUUCUUCAUACCUUUAAAGAUGAAUGCAAUGAGCAGUCUUUAAAUGGAAUGCCAUACCGAUCCCAUCACCGAAUAUACACUAUAUUGCCAAAUUAUUUGGCCACACAUCCAAAUGAUGAUAAUCAGGUGUCAUAAUCACUUGGUCCAGCCACAGGUGUGUAAAAUCAAGCACUUAGGCAUGGAGACUGUUUCUACAAACAUUUGUGAAAGAAUUGGCCGCUCUCAGGAGCUCAGUGAUUUACAGCGCGGAACUGUCAUAGGAUGCCACCUGUGCAACAAAUCCAGUCGUGAAAUUUCCUCGCUCCUAAAUAUUCCAAAGUCAACUGUCGGCUUUAUUAUAAGAAAAUUGUAGAGUUUGGGAACAACAGCAACACAGCCAGAAAGUGGUAGGCCACAUAAACUGACAGAGAAGGGUCAGCGGUUGCUGAAAUGCAUAGUGCAAAGACUUUCUGCACAGUCAGUUGCUACAGAGCUCCAAACUUUAUGUGACCUUCCAAUUAGCCCACGUACAGCACGCAGAGAGCUUCAUGGUAUGGGCCCUUCCUCUUCCAACAUGACAGUGCACCAGUGCACAAAGCAAGGUCCAUAAAGACAUGGAUGACAGAGUCUGGUGUGGAUGAACUUGAGUCCUGACCUGAAUCCGAUAAAACACAUUUGGGAUGAAGUAGAACAGAGACUGAGAGCCAGGCCUUCAUGACAAACAUCAGUGUGUGACCUCACCAAUGGGCUUUUGGAUGAAUGGUGGAAAAUUACUAUUAACACACUCCCUAACCUUGUGGACAGCCUUCCAAGAGGAGUCGAAGCUGUAAUAGCUGCAAAAGGUGGACCGACAUCAUAUUGAAUCCUAUGGGUUAGGAAUGUGAUGGCACUUCAAGUUCAUAUGUGAGUCAAGGCAGGUGGUCAACUACUUUUUGGCAGCAUCGUGUAUAUGGGGCCUGAGCCACUGAGAUUCAAAUAUCACCACACGCUAAACAGCGUGUGCAAACUAUAAAAUGGUGUGUGCCAUCAGUAGGUCUGUUGCAUGUGAUCUACUAAGACUGUAUGCACAAUUGAAAACAAGUGCAAAAGUGGUGCAGACCGCCUUAUUUAAAUGACAAUUUUGCAUGGACAAAUGGCUGUGCUAAUGGAGACACUCAAUUUCCUCCACACUCAUGACAUCAUAGGUGCCAACGGCCCAACCUGUGCUGUUUUGCUGUGUUGUGCAAUAAGCAGCACACACCACCUUUUCUAGGCAAUAUAAAAUAGCGACCUGGAAAACAGAACCCAGGGUUUUCCUGACAAUUGAUUGUAGCACAGUGUUACGUUCCACGUAGUGGUGGUUUGUUGUUUGUGUUUCUUCUUCUUUUGUUUGAACAGGUCACACUCAACCACGACCUCUGCUGCCAAUCAACCGGUUUCUGUUCCCAGCUGUUCCUCAUUUCACCUGUUGAUCAACCAGCCAAUCCCGGUCCACUAUUCAUCCUCCUGUGCUGCUUUAAAUCACCUGCUCACCACUGGAAAGGGGAAUUCUUUUUCUGAUACGCUGUCUGGAAUUCUGGGAGACCCUACUUUGUCUUUGGCGACACUUUUUUUCUCUUCAGUUUUUUGGGGACCUUUCAACCUUUGUGAGUAUCUGCAGCCUAGUCUUGGGAAAGGUUAGACCGAGGCCUCUAUACACUACACACAUAGGAUUUUUGUUUGUGUAUAGAGACACCAGGCUUAGUGGUGGCUGUCACCCUUGUAUGUUUUGGACCCCCUCUUUGGUUAGAGUAGUUAGGUAGGUUUUUGGUUUAUGCUAAUUAAAUAGCUUUAGUUAGUCAGCUUACCUUUCUUUUCUAGAGGUGUAUUUUGGUAUGUUUUGUUCAUUUCUUUGACAGCACCAGUAGUCCCAAGCUAGGCUAGCGUUGUGUCCUUGUUGUACCCGCCCCACCACCUGGUCACUUUUCAAUACACUAGUUUUUGUUUUCAA